AUUCAUUGACCCUAAAGUAAUUGAACGAAAAUGGCGUCCAUGUGGUGGGCACAGGACAAUGCUCCUGAGACGGCCAGGACGAACAGUGAACUUGAAGAUUUGUUUGUAUUUGGUUAUGCCUGUAAAGUGUUUCGGGAUGAUGAAAAGGCAUCUUAUAUCGAUCAAGGGAAACACCUUAUCCCAUGGAUGGGCGACGAUCGUCUUAUGAUUGACAGGUACGACGGCCGAGGACAUCUGUAUGACCUGUCUGCGUAUGAUGCUGAGAAUGUCAAAAAAGAAAACAUUGAGUUGUCUGAGACUGAGACAGCUGUUGAAACUGCCUGUGAUGAAGAACGAUAUCUGGAACUACGAACAGAUAUUGCAGAAGCAGAGUUAUAUCAAGAGGAGGAAUGGAAGCGUUACUAUGAGUCCCUGCAUGAUGGUUACAAGGCAGUUGGGUUCAGCUACGACCAGCCUGUGGAAGAUACAUUGGAGCAGCAGCAAGGAUUAAAAGAAAUAGAAGAUGACAAGCCCUUUGCUCCCCCACCAGAACUACAAGUGCCUAAAGGUGUUACCUUGCCAGCCAGCAAGAAGGCUAAUGCCAUCAUUGAGAAGACUGCGAAAUUUGUGGAGGAACACGGAGCCCAGAUGGAGAUCAUCAUCAAGACCAAGCAGUCGGGCAAUCCCCAGUUUGACUUCAUGCACUUCGAGAACGAGUUGUCGCAGUACUACAAACACAUGGUGAAGAUGAUCAAGUCUGGGAAAUACAAACCACAGACCCAGGAACAAGAAGACGAAGGCCAUGAAGACGAGGAUGACGAUAAUGGCUACCUUCACCCACUGCUAAACCCAACAUCAGCAACGCAGCCAAGCAAACCAAUAAAGAUGCCAGCUGUCUCUAUCAAUGAUACUCCAUAUGGUCAGCUGAUUAAGUCUAUUAAAAGGAAUUCGGCAAAAGUUGCAGAAAACAGUUCAUCACUGGGUGACAGGGACACCCCCCCUCUUGCCCCACCCCCAAUGCCUCCAUUUGCAAACCAGACAGUAUAUCCCUCCGCCGCCCACACUGGCCUCCCCCCUCCCCCUGGUACAGAGCCUGUGGUGCUGCCGUCAUCGGAACUACCUCACAUCCAGGGACUCCAUCCCAGGAGGGCCAUGAAGCAGGAGGAUGAAGGAGGAGGUAGUGCGGCAGUCAGUCAGAUAGUCCCACCCCCUCCUGACAUUCAGCCAAUCAUAGACAGGAUGGCGAUGUACGUGGCAAAGAAUGGGGUUGAGUUUGAGAUCGUUGUUAAGAGCAAGGAUGACACACGCUUUCAGUUCCUUCAUCCCUGGCAUGUCCACUUUCCGUACUACGACUUCAAGAAAAAACUCUUCCUCAAGGAGGUAGAACAGGAGCGGCUGGAGAAGGAAGAGGCUGCAGCUGCAGCAGCAAACAAAGCUGUCAGCUUCUCCAUCAAGACUCGCACAAAGGAGCCAGAAAACGUCACACAGCUGAAGAAACCUCUCUUCGACGAAUGUAGCCUAGUGGUUAAAGCGUUUGCAUAUGAUGCCAAAGAUGUGAGUUUGAUGCCCCACAUAGGAGAAUCUGACAGUCAGAAAGAGCGAACAACUGAUAUCACAUCGAGUUCUCCACCUGUGUCAGACUCAGGUCAGGUGUCAGAGGUCAUUCUUGAGGUGAAGCAAGAAGUGAGGUCAGACAUUCCUCUCGAAGUCUUGGAGAAAAAAAUGGCUGAAGAACGUUUGAAGGACCGCCUGGCAAACGCAGCACGGGAGAAACUGGCGCAAGCAAGCAAGGAGAAGCAGGUUCAGGCAGAACGCAAAAGGAAAGCAGCCAUGUUUAUCAAUCUUCUCAAGAUCAAACCUACCUCAGCUGACGAGUCUUCCAGGGAUGGUGCUCAGGAAUCAUGUAAGAGAAAAGCACUGCAGAACAUGACAGGUAUGACAGCUACAGGAGGGGCUGGCCCAGGAGGUCAAGGUCAAGGUCACCUCAUCCAGUGUACAGAUCACGUUCAAGGUCACCUCGGGGGUCGUCACAGGUCAAGGUCAAGGUCUCCAGUUUACCAGUGGCGACGACGACGCUCACCCACUCCACCAAGUGCUUUCAGUGUAAUUAGAAGGUCACCAGUUAGAAGACCAUCUCCCAGGUUGGGCAGUGGCAGGAGAAAAUCGCGGUCCAGGUCACCACGCAGAGUUAUUCCAUUAGUUAGACCAGGAAGACGCUCAAGGUCACCGAAGAAAAGCAAAUCCCCAACAAAGAAGAGAUCUAGGUCACGGGACAGGAAGAGGAAGUCAAGGUCACCAUCAAGAAACAAGAAGAGGUCAAGGUCAAAGUCUCCCAGCUCAAAACACAAAAAGAACAAAAAGUCUGAUGCAAGAUCACCCAAAAAGAAGAAAAAAGACAAGGAUAAAGAAAAGAGUAAAGACAAACGUAAAGACAAAAGUCGGGAUAAGGUGAAGGACAAGGAAAAGCACAGAAAUAAGGACAAAAGCGGAAAACAUUCAACAGAAGCAGAGAGUUCGAGUAAGACCGAAACAAAAAAUGUUGAAGAAAGCAAAGGCUCUGAAUCCGAACAUGAGCUUGAGAAAUCCGAUGGCAGAGAUAGUUCCUCAGACAGUGAAGAUGAGGUGCCACCUGCAGUGCCAAGACCUCAGGAAAUAGAUGCAGGUAUUGAGAUAAUAGAGAUUGAUGACAAUGAUGACCCUAUUGAUGACAUCCCUCAGCCUCCUGGACCACCGCCAUCACUGCCGCCUCUGCCGCUGGACGACGAGAGGACGCAAUCACCACGACUGCCAUCAGAAAGUGACUUGACCGAGACUACCAGUGGUAGAGACUCCCCUGCAGUGGAUCCAUCUAAACCACCCAGAGAAGUGUCCAAGCAUCUUCUGUCCCGUGUCAGAGCUCUGCUGAAGGCGUCCCGAGAUGAGAUAUUGAAAGAAGGUGAUGGUGUCAAUGACGACCCUUGAUGAAGGCUUCACGUAGACGCUGCUGGCUCAGUGUCACAAGUAAUAAGUCAUUGCAACUUCGAAAUCAGGGUUUCCUCACUCCUUCAAAUUGCCUGGGCUGUGAGUCACUGACUGUGCUUGAACUGUCUCAAAGCCCAACAGUUACAGGUUUCUUGAACUGUCGUGAAUCAACUCCCUGAUUGGGGAUGUCGUGGUUUCCACAGGUAGACCUUUGUUUUCGCUGACUUGAAGAUGUUUAUCCAGGUUUUGAAAAUAAAGAUAGAAUUAGA